CAGCUUUCCCCCCGCAAGAGAGCGGUUCGCACCCUCCCUCCGACAGGCAUCGCGAUGACUGAUCUCGCUAACACGGGCUUCUGUGUAAAUUGAGGCUAAACAAACACAGAUGGAUCGCCGAAUGCGUUCACAAAAAAAAUGUUGGCAAUGCGAGGAAGGGACUUCAGUUGACAUUCUAACAUCACUAAAGGCAUAGCUUCAGAAUUGUUGCUAUAGCCGCCAAGGAGGAGCGUUCUCACACACACACACACACACACACACACACACACACACACACACACACACACACACACACACACACAUACACACACACACACACACACACACACACACACACACACACACACACACACACACACACACACACACACACACACACACACGGUACUGAGGUUGAUACGGAAGAUUUAAAUAAAUACAAACUUGGCUUCUUUCAUCAGAAUGAGGACUUCGGAAAACCUAGAUGUGACUGAGUGGAAUAAAUUGUGUGUCAAACGGAUCGGUACAAUAAAGAGGUUGAAACGGAAAAACCGCGAUGUCCUGAGGCACGUCGAAAUGGAGAAAGUUCACCGGGCUGAGCCGGAUCCUUUGAUCGCCCGGUUGGCGGAGGGCACCGGCUGCUACAACGGGACGGCCGGGGACAACGGCUCCACGGUCACUUGCAAAGACCCGCGGGCUGAUGUAGUGGAUUUGCGCAGGAUUGCGGCCGUGCCGAGCGUGCCGGCUGGAGGAGGAGUAGGGAGGGGAAGGGAGGAUGAAUCUCCCAGCCCGCAAUCUCCCGCUCCAGGUAGGGGCAUGCUGACUCGGGCACCCCAGUCCCAAGUGUGCGCCUUUGAGCCGCUGGCGUUGACGGAGACGCCGAGCCUCCAACCCCGGAUUGUGCUCUGCCAGCACUCCCCGGGAGGUUCCUGCACAUCGGUUCCGCACGCCAACUACAACCCAUCGCCCAGGAAACGGCCAGGGGAGACUUCCAACACCUCUACCGAGAUCAAAGCCAUUCAACAGACCAGGAGGCUACUGGCGAACGCAAGGGAGAGGACCAGGGUCCACACCAUCAGCGCGGCUUUCGAAGCCCUUAGGAAACAGGUUCCUUGCUAUUCCUAUGGACAGAAGCUGUCGAAGUUGGCGAUCCUAAGGAUAGCGUGUAAUUACAUCCUGUCCCUGGCCAGGCUGGCUGACCUCGACUACAGCUCGGAUCACAGCAACAUGAGCUUCUCCGAGUGUGUGGAGCAAUGCACCAAGACAUUGCAGGCAGAAGGAAGAUCAAAAAAGAGGAAGGAAUGACCUGCAGAAGGAACGACAUUUCACAGGAACAUCACACAGUGCGCUGGUGUCUAGCCAACACUGGCAGGAAGGCAGAAAGUGAAGACAGGAUAUAGAAUUACAGGAGACAUCAUGUAGAAGAGAUAUUAACCCAAAAUGAAAUGAUGCUGCCUGUUUAAGAUAAUAAGUCCUUUAUCUUGGUGACACAAUAUCAGCGUACAGGAACAGUAAAUUUUUGGACAAAUGUUUUCAGCACUUUCCUUUUUUUGUUGUGUUCAGCGAUAACAUUUGUUUGAGUCAUCCUUUACCUUAAGAACAUCAAUAUCAGGAUAAAGAGGAAUACAGAAUUUUCUAUAGAUAACUUGCUUUUUCUUAAAAUUUAGGAGAAUUAAAAGCAGACUCUGAGACUGAAUUAGCCAUAAGCACAUACUGGCCCAGUGGGUACAAUGUAAUGCAUUGUGUAAUCACGGCUGUACAAGAAUUUAUAAAUCUGUAGAGAGGUCGUAACAAUCAUCUGUGUCCCGGGAUUAAUUGCAUGUUUUAAAUAUUGUAAAUCUGAGCAACUUGCUGGAAACGGGUCUGUUCAAUUUAACAAGGUAAGCUAGUGCUGGCAUCACCUGUGAUGACAAAUUGAAACACCAGUUCUUCUGGCAGGAUGGUUAAAAUAACGAUGACCCCCAUGUGUGAUCUUCUGUGUAUUUUUCAUCUUGUAUCCUGGCUGGAUUUCCAGCUGUUAGUAAGUUGCAGAAGACUUCUGUCCUUCUCCUUAGAAACUAGUGGUUGGACAAUCAGGAAGCCUACUGAUAAUAUGUGCACUUUAUGAGCUCUGUAAUCACGCUGCCCUCUAUUAUUGUGGGGUCAUAUUAAUCAAUAGUAUUAAUGUAUAAAUGUUUAUAAAAGUAUAUGAGACUCUGGAUGUCACACUGAAGUCAGUUAUUGGUUUGGUGAAGCAGUCCAGAUACAAAAAAAUAGGGGUGAAAUUUUUAGGGUUAUUCAUCUCACUGUUGUCCUCCCAUGAAUCUACUAUCUCCCUGGGCCCUCCCUUUAUCUUGUUUUCAAUGUCCCAAGUGUUUCCCUCAGUGAUUUGCUGAGCCACACAUAUUCAUAAGUUCCAUGACUUUGACUGAUUCCAACCACACUCGUACUCAUCUCUGUGUUCAUUGAGGAGGCAGAUACAUUAGGAGCAUUUAAGAAACUCUUAGAUAAGCACAUGGAUGUUAGAAAAAUGGAGGGCUAUGUAGGAAGGAAGUGUUCGAUUGAUCUUAGAGUAGAUUAAAAGGUCAGCACAGUAUCAUGGGCUGAAGGGUCUGUAGUGUUCUACAGGGAACUGCCUCAGAUUGAUAGGCACAGGAUCACUCCAGAAGUAUUCGAAGAAGAAUGCCACACAAGGAAAACGAUUAGGAUCCACAGAAUUCCCCUGUGAUUCAAUAAACUGUUCACAAAAAACGGAUAUGGACUCAGGUACCAAAAAUAGACUAAUGUGUGUGGAAGACCAGAAUAUCUGUGAAAAGUGAGGCCAAUUCAUUUAUUAAUGCUGCCCACUCAAACUUGCACUGGGUAAAACAAAUAGACUUCACCAUUGGUUGCAUAAUAAAUUUUGAUCAAAAUGAUAGUCAUUAUACAGAAAUAUUUACAAUUGUGACUUUCAACUUGGACAUGCCCAUCUCCACUACAAUGUAAACUAUAAUUUAAAGAGACAUUGUGGUGUGACGCUAUUGAGGUGCCAACAAUUGAGGUUCAGUUCUGCCGCUGUCUGUACAGAGUUUGUACAUUCUCCCCGUGACCCGUGAUGCACAAGUUUUCUCCCUUGUUCCAAAAGCGUAUGGAUCAGUAGGUUAAUUGGUCACAUGAGUGAAAUAGGGAGGCGUAGGCUUGUUGGGCUAAAAGGGUUGGAUUGCUGAAUAAAUAACCAAACAGAUUAAUAAAUAAUUAUUUAAAAACUGGCAACUUUUAAAUUGCAAAAAAAAUAUCAAUCAGUGGUAUAUGUUCUGCACUGCCCCAGGGAUAAAUCAAGGUGGUUCUCUGUCAUCUCCCAUAGGAAAAACAGACCAAUCCCAAACUCGGAAAAACUUUCCUUCGGACACAUUGAUGGGACAGAGGAGACCUGAGGGCUGAGUUUGGGGUGAGAUAAUGAACUUCCCUUUUGGUUACAACUAUUGGCUGACAGUAAAUAAAUGAACAAGUUGAAUACAGUGGACUAUGGUUAAUUUGGACACAUUGGGACCAAUACAUUUUGGCCAAAUUAAGCAGCUGCCCCAAUUAGCCAAAGUUUCAUAGAAAUAGUUUAAAAAGACAAACUACAUUUAACUAAGUAACAAAUUAUGCAUUUAAAUGAAGUACAGCAUAAAUUAGAAAGCUACCAAUAUUAUGAUAAAACUAUUAUUUAUUAAUAGUUAUCGAUAGAGGAAUUCAUACAGUGCACGCUGCCUUGUUCUUUUGACUUUUUGCAAACAAACUGAACCAACAUAGACACUUAGUGCAGAUAAUGGACUGUCUUCAUUGCCUUCCCACAUUCAGUAGUGUCAAAAAUCACUGCUUUUUUACUGGUAGCUCACUGUUCCAGGGUUCCAUUGUUUAAGACAUGAUAGAGCGGGAUGGAUGAAAGGGGGGACAGGUGCAUUACUAGACAAGGCAAUACUCAGACAGGACAGACUGGAGAACUCACCUACUGAGGCUAUUCAGCGGUGGAUGAAGUUAAUGGGAUUGUGUGAUAGACCACUCAACAAUCCAUGGGACUUAGAGGAGUAAAUAUGUAGAGAGAUCACAAACUGUUGCAAGAAACAUAAGGUUGUGAUAGUAAGUGAUUUUAACUUUCCACAUGUUGAUUGAGACUCCCAUACUGUAAAAGGGCUGGAUGGAAUAGAGCUUGUAAAAGUUUUCAGGAAAGUUUCCUUAAUCCAUACAUAGAAGUUCCAACUAGAGAGAAUAUGAUACUAGAUCUCCUAUUAGGAAAUGUGAUAAAGUAGAUGACAGAGGUUUGUGUAGGGGACCACUUUGUAUUUGGUGAUCAUAAUGCCAAUAGUAUCAGUAUAAUUAUGGAGAAGGAUAGGUCUGGUCCUCGAGCUGAGACUUUAAAUUGGAGAAAGGCCAACCUUGAUGGUAUCAGAAAGGAAUUGGCAAGUGUAGAUGGGUACAGAUUGUUUUCAGGCUAAGGUUUGCUUGGUAAAUGACAGGUCUUCAAAAGUGAAAUUUUGAGAGUACAGAGUUUGUAUGUUCCUAUCAGAAGUUUGGAACCUUGGAUUUCUAGAGAUAUUGAGACCCUGAUUAAGAGGGAGGUACAUAGCAGGUAGGAUCAAUGAGAUACUUGAUUAUAAGAAAUACAAGAACACUUAAGAAGGAAAUCCGGUGGGCUAAAAGAAGGCAGGAGGUUGCUCAAGCAGACAAGGUAUAGGAGAAUCCAAAGGGCUUCUAGAAUCAAGUUUAAUAUCACAGGAAUAUGUUAUGACCCAUAAAUCGGGCCAAAAUCCCAGACAUUUUGGACCCCUCAACUCACAACCUGUGACUACUGAAGAGACAGAUAUUGGACCAGCCAGACUUCUGAACAAUCGGAUGGCAGAUCAUCAGAAUUUCACGAUACAUUUUGAAUUAACCAUCCAUUGUUCUUUACCAGUAGAACAUGAAUGACAUGCUAUGUCACUGACACCAGGAAUUCUACUUCAACUCAGUCAGCUUAUCAGGGCCCUGACAGGCAAGACAAUGCUGAAUCAGAACUGAUGAACUGCCCAUUUUGGGGUAAUUAAAUAGUAACAGCAUUCCUGCAUAUCCUUGGGAUGUUUUUCUGCCAACCUAUCCAAAAUGAAGUUAACAAAAUUACACAGUGUACAUUGUGAAGGCAAAAGCUCUAUCCCUGGAUCUCUCCUGGUGCUUUUGAGAUUUUGAGAUGAUCACUUACAAAAAAUAUAUCUAUUUUACUCCAUAUUUGUAUUUGAUUACAACUGGAAUGGUGAAUAAAAUAUGUAAGGUUUUCCUUCUAA